UACAUAUUAGUAAAAUAGUAUUACAUGGAAGUUUUACAUUUAUUCAAGUCACCUGGGUUAAAUGAAUCGUUCAGUCAAUUACUAGUUAAGAAAAUAGAACAGAGUUUACCAUAUUUUAAAUUUAAUAUAAAAACUGAAGUUUGCUUUAAUAUUGGUUACACCAGAGAUAUAGAAUGCAAUGAAUUGGCUCAGCUUAAAUGGCUUUUAGCUAAUAGUUUUGAAGAACACAAUGUUUCAGAUACAUCAAACUUGUUGAUCGAAAAUGGCUUCUUUAUUGAAGUAGGUCCACGGUUAAACUUUGCUACUCCUUUUUCAACAAAUGCUGUUUCAAUAUGUCAUAGUAUUGGCUUGAAUAAUAUCAAAAGAAUCGAAAUGUCAAGAUGUUAUGUUUUUGAAAUAAAUUGUUCCAAUAAAGAGUCACUUUCAACUUUAGAAUUCAACAAAAUAAAAAACAUUGUUGAAAACUUUCUUUACGAUAAAAUGACAGAAAUGCCAUACAUUAGCAAACUUAAAUCUUUUACAGUUAAUGAAAAACCAAAUGAGGUAUAUGAAAUAGAUAUUUUAGGUAAAGGAAAAGCUGCUUUAGAGACUGCUAAUGUUGACUUGGGCUUAGCUUUUGAUGAGUGGGAUUUGAAUUAUUAUACGCAACUAUUUCAAGAAAAAGUAUGUCGCAAUCCAACAAAUGUAGAAUGUUUUGAUCUUGGACAAUCUAACAGUGAACAUUCUAGACAUUGGUUUUUUAAAGGUAAAAUCAUUUUUGAUGGAAAAGAAAAAGAGAAAUGCUUAAUGGACAUGGUAUGUGGUACCCAGCUAUUUUCUAACAACAACAAUGUUAUUAAGUUUUCAGAUAACAGCAGUGCAAUUGAAGGUUUUGUUGUGCGUGUACUUGUGCCAAAAGUUUGUUUUGAAGUUGGUGAAUAUAUAGAGAAAGAAAAGUUAAGACACAUCAUUUUCACUGCAGAAACACACAACUUUCCGACUGGUGUUGCUCCAUUUCCUGGGGCCACAACUGGUACUGGAGGUCGUAUAAGAGAUGUACAAGCAACAGGGCGUGGUGCACAUGUAAUUGCUGGAACUGCUGGCUAUUGUUUUGGAAAUUUGAAGAUUCCUGGAUAUGAAUUACCAUGGGAAAAUGAUUAUAAAUAUCCUACAAAUUUUGCAUUGCCAUUGCAAAUCUGUAUUGAAGCCAGCAAUGGUGCAUCUGAUUAUGGAAAUAAGUUUGGUGAACCAUUGAUUGCUGGUUUUGCACGUUCUUUUGCCAUGGAUUUAUAUGAUGGAGAAAGAUAUGAAUGGAUUAAGCCUAUAAUGUUUAGCGGUGGAAUUGGUUCUAUAGAAAGUAACCAUGUAAUCAAAAGCAAAGCAAGUGUUGGUAUGCAAGUAGUAAAAGUGGGUGGACCUGUUUAUCGUAUUGGUGUUGGUGGUGGUGCUGCUUCUUCUAUUCAUGUCCAAGGUGACAAUUCAUUACAACUUGACUUCAAUGCUGUUCAAAGAGGUGAUCCAGAGAUGGAGCAAAAGAUGAACAGGGUUAUACGUUCUUGCAUAGAGAUGGAUGAAAAUAAUCCAAUUAAAAGUAUUCAUGAUCAAGGAGCAGGUGGAAAUGGUAACGUUUUAAAAGAAAUUUGUGAUCCAGCUGGUGCAAUCAUUAGAGCUAAGGAUUUUGAGUUAGGGGAUCCAACAUUGUCUUUAAUGGAAAUAUGGGGUGCUGAGUACCAAGAAAGUAAUGCUUUACUAAUAGAAUCAAAGGAUAUCAGUAUUCUGAAAAAAAUUGCACAACGUGAAAAAGUAUCUGUUUGUGUGGUUGGAGAAAUUACUGGUGAUGGGAGAGUUGUAUUACAGAGUAAUGAAGAACCUUCGGACAAAAACACUAUUCAAAAAGACCCUUUUGAUCUCCCACUUGAUAUUGUUCUAGGAAAAAUGCCACAAAAGAUAUUUGAAGUAACAUCAAUUGAAAAGAUUUUAUCACCUUUAAUAUUACCUGAGGGUAUAGAUUUACUUUCUGCUUUGGAAAGAGUAUUAAGGUUGCCAUCGGUUGCAAGUAAACGUUAUUUAACUAACAAGGUUGAUAGAUCCGUAACAGGGCUUAUUGCUCAGCAGCAGUGCGUUGGACCUCUUCACACGCCUUUAGCAGAUGUAGCAAUAAUAGCUUUGUCUCACUUUGAUGUUGCUGGUUCAGCUACUUCUAUUGGUGAACAACCGGUGAAGAUGUUUAUUGAUCCUAAGAAAGGUGCACGUCUAACUGUUGCUGAAGCAUUCACUAAUCUAGUAUUUGCAAAGAUUUCAGAUAUAAAGGAUAUUAAAUGUAGCGCUAAUUGGAUGUGGCCGGCAAAACUACCAGGGGAAGGAUCGAGAAUAUACGAAGCUUGUGAAGCAAUGUGUGAUAUGCUGUCUUCAUUGGGAGUAGCUGUUGAUGGCGGAAAAGAUUCGUUAAGUAUGGCAGCUAGAGUGGAGAGUAAAGUUGUAAAAGCUCCUGGCUCUCUUGUAGUAUCAUUAUACGCACCUUGUCCUGACGUUCGUAAAAAAGUCACUCCUGAUUUUAAAGUUUCUGGAAAUGAAAUUCUUUUCCUUAAAAUGAAUGAAAUUUCAAAAUGGAGAGUCGGUGGAAGUGCAUUGGCUCAGGUGUUUAGACAAAUUGGAAAUGAUUCGCCAGAUAUUAGCGAUUUUCAGAUGUUUUCACAAGCAUUUAUAGCCACACAAGCGUUAAUUGGUCAAAGUUUAAUUGUAUCAGGUCAUGACAUAUCUGAUGGUGGUUUGAUAACGUCGUUAUUAGAAAUGGCAUUUGCUGGCGACUUAUCAUUUAAUGUUGAGUUAGAAAGCAUCAUAACAAGCAACGAUAAAUUAUUAGACAUUUUGUUUGCGGAAGAACCUUCUCUUUUACUUGAAGUUCAGAGCAAUCAUACCAGUGAUGUGAUUCAUUUUUAUAAAUCAGUAAACAUUGAAUGUGUUAAAAUCGGUCAUAUCACAAGUUGCAAAAAUGUUGUUAUUUCGCUAUCAGGUAAUGAGGUGUUGAAUCACGACAUGAAAAACCUUCGAGAUAUAUGGGAAGCUACAAGCUUUCAGUUAGAGCGCUUACAAUCCAAUCCGUUUUGCGUAGAAGAGGAAGAAAGAACUUUAAAGUUACGCCACACACCUUGUUACACUCUUUCAUUUAAUCCUGACGAGUAUCGUUUAACAAUUAAUGAGCAAAAAAAACCCAAUGUUGCAGUUUUACGAGAAGAAGGUAGUAAUGGCGAUCGUGAAAUGGCAUCUGCGUUUCAUAUGGCUGGAUUCAAUGUUUAUGAUGUUACCAUGCAAGAAUUGUGCGAUGGAAAAAUAACAUUAGAUAUUUUUAAAGGAAUUGUAUUUGUGGGAGGGUUUAGUUAUGCAGAUGUGUUUGGGUCAGCAAAAGGAUGGGCGUCAAUAUUAAAGUUUAAUGAUCGUGCAAAGCAUGAAUUAGAAGUGUUUCGAAAACGAUCAGACACGUUUAGCUUAGGUGUUUGUAAUGGUUGUCAACUUAUGGCUUUGCUUGGAUGGGUUGGUAAAAUUAAUACCGAUGAAAAUGCUUUUCCAGAACAAGGUGUUUGUUUCACUACUAAUUCUUCCGGACGGUUUGAAUCUCGAUUUGUUAACGUUAAAAUUGUUAAAAGUUCAUCUUUGAUGUUAGCCGGUAUGGAGGGUUCACUACUCGGUAUUUGGGUGUCUCAUGGCGAAGGAAAAUUAAAUUGCCUUAACGAUGAUGUUUUUCAAAAUAACAAUAAAAAUAAUAUUCCGAUACUAUACGCUGAUGACGAUGGAUUUGCUACAACUAAAUAUCCGUACAAUCCAAAUGGUUCACCGAAUGGUAUUGCGGCAAUUUGUUCUAGCGAUGGACGACAUUUAGCAAUGAUGCCUCAUCCAGAAAGAUGUACGGUCAUGUGGCAAUGGCCAUGGGCACUUCAACAGUGGUAUGGUUUCAAUAAAUCGCCUUGGCUGCGAAUGUUUUAUAAUGCAUACGAUUGGUGUGUUUCCAAUAAAAAUAUUUAAAAAAUAUAUUAAAUAAAUCAAAACUAUUUCGACUAGUUAAAUGUUAAA